GAUACCUGCUGGAACAUCUGAUUGCCUUACAGUCUGGCAGCACAGAGAUAAGACAGGACUGGGGAUCCUAUGGACGAUGGGUCAAGAGCAGAAAAAGACGAACACUCAUAAUGGUGUCUCAAGGGCCAUUGAAGUCAAAAAGCAUGAUCAACCAAAAGCAGCAGCUCUCCAACAGAAUGUGGGUCUCAUAAGUGGCAUCAGUCUGAUUGUGGGAACAAUGAUCGGCUCAGGGAUCUUCAUUUCUCCCAAAGCGGUUCUAGAGGGAACAGGAGCAGUAGGUCCAUGUUUGUGUGUUUGGGCUGCCUGUGGAAUGCUGGCUACACUGGGGGCCCUCUGCUAUGCUGAACUAGGCACAAUGAUCACUAGGUCUGGUGGAGAGUAUCCAUAUCUGAUGGAGGGUUUUGGACCAUUGCUUGCAUACCUAUACUCCUGGACCACAGUUAUCGUGCUAAAGCCUUCGUCGUUUGCCAUCAUUGCCCUGAGCUGUGCAGAGUACGCCUCCACACCAUUUUACCCAGGAUGUACCCCUCCUCAAGUUAUCACCAAAUGCCUGGCUGCAGCUUGUAUCUUAAUAAUUACACUUGUGAACUGUUUGAGCGUGAAGCUGGCCUAUAGAGUGCAAAACUUCUUCACAGCAACUAAACUCUUGAUAAUCAUCGUCUUAGUGGUUUCAGGCAUUGUUCUGCUGGCUCAAGGGAAUACUCAGAACCUUAGAGACCCAUUUACAGGUGGAACUACAUCAUUUGGAGCAAUUGGCCUUGCUUUUUACAACGGUCUCUGGGCUUAUGAUGGCUGGAAUCAGCUCAACUUCAUAACAGAAGAGCUGAAAAAUCCCUACAGAAACCUUCCCCUGGCAAUCAUUAUUGGAAUUCCCCUGGUUACUGUGUGCUAUGUACUUGUCAACAUUGCAUAUUUCAGUGUUAUGACACCAGUUGAACUUCUACAGUCUUCUGCCGUUGCUGUGACUUUUGGUGAUAGAGUGCUGUACCCAUUUUCAUGGAUUGUACCUUUAUUUGUGGUCUUUUCCACUUUUGGUGCAGCCAAUGGGAGCUGUUUCACCUCAGGCAGAUUGACAUAUGUGGCAGGACGGGAAGGUCACAUGGUUAGGAUCUUGUCGUACAUCAGUGUGAAACGUUACACACCCGCGCCAGCUCUUAUAUUUAACGGCAUCCUGUCAAUCAUCUACAUCAUUCCAGCAGACGUAAACACUCUCAUCAAUUACUUCAGUUUUGCUCAGUGGGCUUUUUAUGGGCUCACAUGCCUCGCACUGAUUGUUAUGCGAUUCACUAGAAAGGAGCUGCACAGGCCUGUGAAGGUUCCUAUAAUCAUCCCUAUUGUAGUGGUGAUUGUGUCCUGUUACCUGGUUCUUGCUCCUAUCAUAGAGAAGCCUGAGUUGGAGUACUUGUACUGCACAUUGUUCAUUGUGAGCGGUCUUCUCUUAUAUGUACCCUUCAUUUACUACAAAUUCAACUGGACCCGUCUCAUCAUGAGGCCACUUACAAUGCACCUUCAGCUGCUACUGGAAGUUGUCCCACCUGAGAAGAUUGAUUGAUAUCAAACAGGAGGGUAGGCACAGAUGUGAUAAAUGGACAUAUGACUGAUCCGUGGACAUGUUGUAAAGGAUUCUUAAAGGGAACAUGUCUACACUACAUACGGACACACACAAACAUACAUAUUUGUAUAAAAUACAUACAGUAUGUAUACAUAUUCUUCCUACUGCCAGGCUGUAUUUAAAUACAAUACAUCAGAAGUCUUUACUGGGUAACAGGGAUAUGUUUUAUUUUAAAGAAUAACACUUUCAUCAAUGCUGGUAAAUUCCAGACCAUCAGUUACAGUUUAUCUAACUUAUAAUUGUAUUACUGUGAGAAAGUUUGUUGUAGAGUAUGAAAAUGAUAUAUGAUGGUAUUUUUUCAAGUUUAUGAAAAGUGAAUUAAUUAUCUAAAAUAAAACAAUAUUUUCUCUGAAUGUUAAACAUAUUUUCAAAUUGAAAUGUAGAAUUCUGACAGGCCAAUGGCCCUAACUUCUGUCAUGUGCAAACUAAUAGAGUCUGAGUGAUUCCUGCUAUUCCUUGAUAAUCUGGCUCUUGACUUAUGGAGAGCCAAAUGAAAUGAGGAUACAUUUCUAGCAUUAGAACCUGACAUAUGGAAAUUGCAAGUAAAUAAAGAAAUUAUUAGAGGUUAUGAAAAUAACUACUCUAGAAACCAUGAACAAGAUUAGAGGGGAAGAUCUAUUGGUUCAUGCCAGGGUCAGAAUUUUUCAAAAACUCGACUGUUAAAAGAAAUUCUGGUCCAUGCUUGAAUCAAAUGCAGAAAUGUUUCAUUUGGAACUGUAACUUAAUAA